AUGAAGCCGUCGGAGAAUACGUCGCUCCACCGGCGCCACUCCUCCACCCUGCACUACCAGACCUUCGAAACACCUCCCCCCAAAUCUCGCGGGAGACCCAAUUCCGGUCAAUCGGGAUCCUCCCGCGCCGACUCAUACCGCGACGAUCAGAAUGACACUCAGCAUGUUUCCUCGGACCAGGGCUCCCCGCUGCCAAAGAAGCAGAUGGCCGUGCUAGCGAUGAUCUCCCUCUGCGAGCAGACCGCGUUCAAUUCAAUCAGUCCCUAUCUCCCCGAGAUGGUCUCCACGUUCCCCGAAGCAAAACCGCAGAUGGUCGGCAUGUAUGUUGGUUUAGUGGCGACGGCGUUCGCGGUCGCGCAGUUCGUGACCAACUAUUUCUGGGGCUGGGUUUCGGAUCGCGUGGGACGCAAGCCAGUUAUCAUGCUGGGUACAAUCCUGUCGGCCGCUUCCUUUUGCGCAUUCGGAUUUUGCAAGACCCUUGCGCAGGCGAUUGUUGUGCAGGCCGUACUGGGCGCGGUCAAUGGCAACCAGGGCUUGGUGUCUACUUGCCUUGGCGAGAUUACAGACCGAAGUAACCAGUCGAGGGCAUUCACAUACCUUCCUGUUUUGUACGGAAUUGGCGGGAUUACGGGGCCCCUGGUUGGCGGCCUCUUGGUGUUCGAGCAUAGUCUGUGGGAUCGGAGCAAGCCGAAUCCGUAUCCCUAUCUCGCGCCGAAUCUGCUCUGUGCCGCGAUCCUCGUCAUCGACUUCGUCUUAACUGCCAUCUUCCUCGAUGAGAGCUUGGAAGAUGCUGAUACCUUGCCAGAUAUCAAAGCUAGAGUCAAGUCAUUCUUCUCGUGGAUCUGGCAAUUCACUAGCUCAGCAAAGCGUGCCCGAUAUGUCCAUCCCCCCUACCCGGCUCGAUAUCUUCCGGUCCGCCAGCCUUCAGCGGAGAGCCAAGGACAUGACAGUGAGCUGGACUCGGCAUCCGAGGCCUCGGGGCAUGUUCCGCCUCGCCGGGAGAAUUUGACGAGCGAGAUUUGGAACCGAGACACCAUUUUGCUUCUCUUGACGUAUCUAAUCUUUGCUCUCUGCAAUGUUUCAUUCAACUCGCUGUUCCCGAUAUUCUCACAAGCUGCCCCUCCGCUUGGUCGAGGCUUGACGCCGGAGGAGAUCGGUCUUUCCCAAGGAUUCUCCGGUUUCGUGACGAUCAUCUUCCAGAUUUGCAUAUUCGGCAGGCUGCGAGACAAGAUGGGCAACCGGUGGUCAUACCGAGCGGGUCUCUUUGGUUUUGUUAUCUCCUUCAUUUUGAUGCCUUUCAUCGGAUAUAAGGGCAACGAUUCCCGUGGCUUGAGUGGGAAGACCGCCCUCCUGGCUGUGGAAUUGUGUUUUGUGCUGCUAGUGAAGACCGUUGCAACCGUUGGCGGCCUGACAAGUGCGCUCUUGCUGAUAACCAACUCUGCUCCCGAUCAUGCAGUCCUGGGAGCACUCAAUGGUUUGGCCCAGACCCUCUCCGCAGCGGGGCGUGCCGUGGGCCCCUUCAUCUCCGGUGCCCUGUUCUCGCUGGCGACCCGGGUCAAGCACAAGGGUGAAGCCUUGGCGUUUGGCGUCUUUGCUGCCACCUCAUUGAUAGGGUUCUUUUUGAGCUUCGGGAUCCGAGAUCGAUCUCUUGAGGCCGACGAUUGGGAAAGUGACAGCGACGGAACAGACAAAUCCGACGACGGCGAGGACUGA